AUGUUUUCCGCAUCCAUCCGCGACCGGAAUGACGAACAUCUCAUUCGUAUGCGAGAAGUGUGUCGCACCGCGAUUCUACGAUUAGACGAGAGACAUGAGUGCACACCAGAAGUAUAUUCUGAAACGAUGAAAAUGCGUGAAGUCUUUCUUGCUUCUGAUGUGCCUGUCACUCCUAAAGCAAAUGGAGCGGGACCGUCAUCGACGACUCUGUUCCCUGGAACUUAUUAUUUGAGAAUGUUGGACGACAAGUACCGCCGAUACUACGAUGUCGUGCCGUAUUGUGCCGAGUUUGAAAGUCACGAAAACGGAAUCACGAAUGGAAUAAAUGGAGAUGGGGAUGCAUAG